GGCAAUACACAGGGUUGAAGUGGAACACAGACGUAAGUUGUGCUUUGUAGUUGGUCCUAAACACUUGGAACUAGUGAGCUGAUUUGGAAUUUGUGUGUUAGUUUACAUUCAUGAACUCUUUAAAUAAAUGCGAAAAAUACUUAAGUGUCGUAGCAGGAAACAAAAUAUACAAAGCAAACCUAAAAGAACUACCUUUAUAAUAAUUUUUUAAAAUAGCGGGGAUAAAAAAAAUGUACAAAGCUUCUACACUAUACGUCACCUAUUAAUACUAAGGAUUUCAAAAUAUAUGUUCCUGUAGAUUUAUUACCAAUCAACAUCCAAUAAUUUUGUUACAAUUUUUGUGUUAUUUCCGCAAUGUUUUAUGUGUAUAUGUGUGGAUGUGUAUGUGGUGUGUAUGUGAGCAUCUGAAGUGAAUACCGUAAAGUAACAGACAAUUGGCCUCGAAGCUUUGUGAGUAUCAUUUCUGUUUUAUUUUAACAUAUCAUAGUCUAUAAACUUAUGGCGGAAGAUUUGAUGAGCUCUGUCAAGAUCAUUGCUCGGGCCCAAGGGAUCUAUGAUAACAAAGGACAGGGAGAUGGUCAAGAGGCGGCUCCGAACACGGGCUGCACGGAAUUUGAGCGGGGACCUCGCGGCACAAGCACGACGAGUAGAGUGGACAGAGGCAACGCGGACCGACCUGCUGAAGGCGCUGCUAAAAUACAGGUUGAGGGGAAGCACGGGGGCGCGGCCAGAGUAAACAUGGCGGGCAGGGCGAAGGCUAAUGCUGAGAACGGACAUGAGGACGAUGCCGAAGUGAAUCUGGAAGGGGGAGAUGAAGACACCGUCAAGGUGAACAUCGAAGAAACAUCUGCAUUCGUUGGUGUUCAAUGCCUACCAGGUUAAUGUAUUUAUAUAUUUAUAAUAAAUAGUUACAUUAUAUAUAUGUAAAUAUAUAAUAUAUUAAACUUUACUUCUUUGUUAAUAUUAAAUCAAAUAGAGUUUUUUUAAUUAUUGCUAAAUUUUUUGAGGUAUAGGCUAUUUGAAAGGGCUUCGAAUCAAAUUUCUUACCCCCAUAAACAAUUUUAAGUAAAAUGUACGUUUUUAAGAAUCCCGUUCACAGUCUGUUGGCACUACAAAUGCCGUGUGCCUCUUGGCUUAUGAAAACAUUUAUGUGCUCGUCAACUUUUCAAAACAAAUUAUAUAAGUUAAGACUGGUAUUGACUCUUCAGUCAACCUGUAAUAGAAAUUGCGAUAAAGUUAUAAGGAAAUUGUCCAAUCCCUGAACAUUGAAGAUGCCAGCAAAAUGCUUUAAUUAUUACAAAUCUGGCACUUUGAAUUGAGUCUAUUUACAGAUGCUAAAGAAUAAAAAAUUUUUAAAAAAGCAACAAAAAUAAACAUUGGAUGACCUAACGUAUGUUUUAUUUAAACAGGGUCAAAGUUCAGGGCAUGAAUUUAGAUUGGUCCAAAUUGACAGUGAUGAAGAAGCACGGAAUCAACUGGAUCUUCUCCAAUCUUACUUGAUGCAGAAUCCUGGAGGGAGAGCUUACACCGUUUGAAAUGUAGCCGGCUUUUUUUCUCCCCUUUCUAUAAAAAUUCAAAUGUUUUUUGUACAGUUAUUAAAAUAAAUAUAUGUACAAAAAUUUGAUCAGAAAGUUUUGAAUUAAAUAUAAAAUAUCCUGCUCUGCAUUCUAAAUC